AUGUCUUACUACGACGUCGACGCUAUCCUGACGGACUCGCAGAAAGUCCCUUGUACUUUUGAGCUGGACGUCCCUAAGCUGGGCUUCCUCGAUGGCAACGCUGGCGGCGAUAUAAAAGCUGGCUCCAAGGUCGAGCUGCCUCUCUGGCUGGGCGAGAUGCUUGCCGUAGGUGCCCGUCAAGGCUCGUCGCCCCUAGUGACGCUGGAUCUGCCCAAAGCGCUGUCGGAGCAGGUUAUGAACGCUUUGAAGGCCGAUCCCAGGACGGUUGACCUGCGGGCUCUGGCGCCUCAUUUCUACCGGCUGGGCUGUAGGAUCCUACAGCUCUUCGAGGAAGAGGAGAUGGCGGACGUGCUCUCUCACACGUUCAAGACGAGAGCGAUGCAAAUAUCAGAUCAUGCACACAAUCCCGCUGGGCCGAUGUCAGGCCAGGAGUUCCUUCGUGGCCUCGACGAGACUGAGCGCCAACUCUUCCGGGCCGCCCAUGAGAGCGUCAAGAGCAUGCGAGCCUGGACAGGAGAAACGAAGAAGAAAUGA